AUAAGAAACGUGGUUCCGCUAGAAAAAAGAAAUGUUUUCGUGGUAUACACCCUAAUACUUUUGGCCACCUCACUUGAUAACAUGAAUACUUCCGCUGCCUUUACGAUGUCAAACGAUAUCGAGAAGGCAUUCAACACCGACUCAUCUACAGCCAGUUGGGUGUUGUCUGGUUAUGCGCUUACACUCGGUUCAUUCAUCCUAAUUACGGGGAAACUAGCUGAUGUCAUCGGACCUCACAACAUUUUCUUGGCUGGGUUGGGUAUCAUAUGGAUAUGUUCUCUCAUCUGUGCUUGCAUCCCACAUACCUCGAUUGUUGCCUUGAUUGUGUUCAGAGCAUUGAAGGGCAUUGGUGCAUCAGCGUUAGUUCCAUCAACAGUAGCUAUAGCUGCUAACUACUUUACGGGAGAUUAUGCAAAAUACUUGAGUCCUGCACUUGCAGGAUUUCUAAUUGCACUAACGGGUGUUUUCGGUGUUGGUGUUACGUUGGGUGGUGCAUUUUCUGAGACUAACGUUGGAUACCGAGGCUUCUUUUGGUUCGUGUUUGCAUAUGCCUUCGUUAUCGACUUGACCUUACUUUUCAUCAUCAUACCUGUGGAUAAAACGGAGGGCCAUAAAAGAAUGAAACUAAAAAACAUCGAUUUUUUUGGUGGCUUUCUAGUAAUUACAGGGGUGUUGUUGAUUAUUCUUGGUUUAACAGAAGGAGCCGAAAAUUGGAGGAGUCCAAAAGCAUACGUUCCCCUAAUUGUGGGGGUCUUCACAUUCCUCUCAUCGUUGGGCUUUGAAACUAUAUAUUUGAAGAGGUUUCAAAGAAAAAACCAAAAUUUGGACAAAUCUGCCGACUGGAGGCUUCAAGUUGAAUUGCUAUUCCCACCUGAGAUAAUCAAAAUACCAAACUUCUUACCGAUUCUUAUACAAUGUGGAAUGUACUAUGCCACUUUUUCGAUGGUUAUGGUAAUCGGUAUCAACUACUAUACUUACAUUGAAAAAGAGAGCCCCAUAAUUGUGGCAAUGAAGGUGUUACCCCUUCCUGUCGGCAUGGUGUUUGGUGCUCUAGUAUACAGGGCUUCGUACUACAACAGAGUGGGAUUAAAAAACAUGCUUAUUCUUUCUUCUCUAUUAACACUAGGAAUGGCCAUUUGGUUUUCUCGUAUCACUUAUAAGACUAGUCACUCAUAUUGGAAGUAUGGUUUCAUUUCUCUAUUCAUAUACGGCUAUGGAAUUAACAUGUUCUUCAACAUCUACUAUUCGGUUGUUGUGUCCAACACUCCAUUACAUCUCCAGGGAGUUGUUAAUGGGAUAUUUCAGACAUGUGGACAGGUUUUGCUUGCCAUAGGAAAUGCCCUAGUUCCCUCCAUUUUGGGGAACUUGGAG